UACACCGCAGCGCAGAGACAGAAUGAGCGUGUAAUACCGUUUCUUAACAGAGAAGUAUAUCAAUUAUUAGCACAAACUAGUCAAUUGCUCUUUUAACCUGCAAUCACGUAUUUUUCUGCCUUCCAACUGCAUUAAGGAUAUUGUACAUUAAGAUGACAUCUUCUAUGGAUCUUCAGUGUGAAGCUUUAAUCAACGAAUCUUUACGUAUUUUAGAUCCCAAUUUUACAUGCUCGUUGUACUUUAGAAAAUGCACCUUCAAAGACGUCGAAAACAAUUAACCAAACACAAGUGAGGUUUUGAGAUAAAGUUUUGGAUACUGCGUUGCUAUUCUUGUUGUUAUUCUCAUUUAUUGGGAAGCCGGCCUCUAAAUUUACUUUACUCCGAAUAAUUUGCGGUUUUUUUUUUUUUUCGACACCUCACAUUGACAUCCGUCCCUCCAUUUUCAAGGUCGCGGGGAGCUGGAGCCUAUACUUUCUGCAACGGGCGCAAGCAGGAACCAACCCCGGACGGGACUCCAGUCCAUCGCAGGGCACUAAAAAGACGUUCGCAUUAUAAUGAGAAACAAAUGGAUGCAGGCAAAAACAAAAGCAUUUCAAAUGUGGAAUGCGUGGAAAAUGAGGUUAUCCUUUCACGGUCGAUUUCACUUGCUAAAUCGAGACAGUUUUUAGCAGGUACGUGUUUUAAGUAUGUUUUAAUGUCAUGUGUUAAUCUGCAUAUAAGUUAAAAUACUUUAUGGGUACUGGCGACGUUCUAUUACAAUUGUUAUAAUCGAUAAUACAAUCGAAUCAAAAUUAAUAAUCUCAAUAUAAGACAAUCGAGACAAUUGGGGAUGCAUAUAUGAAUAAAUUCAUUUAAUAAUUUGUGAAAGAAAAACAAAUAUUCACAUUGACAGGCGGUAUAUGUGAGUUUUUAUUCACGGCGCAUCAGUAUAUUUAUUAAAUGUGUGAAUAAGUGUAUUAAUUACAAGCUAGUAAGCGAUUAUUUAAUAUCUGGACAUAGAAGGUAACACGAUACAUCCAAAUUGAUAAAAACAUUUCUAAGUAAGUGUUUAAAAAAUCUUAGGCUUCCAAAAACAGAAAGAGGUUAAAUCUAGUAAACUGUUUGAAGUUUAAAAGCUGUUAUUAUUGCCAGCAAAAUGUACAUCAUUAAAAAAUAACGGUUUUUUUGUUGUUGUCACCGUGACGUUUAAUGAUGACGGUUUGAUACAUGAUUAAUUCACCAGACAGCGUAUGACUGAAACAAUAUUUUUAGUAAAAUUUAAAAAAUAUCUAGCCAUACCAACGUACAGUAUAUGCAUUUUAAAUAACAUGUUAAAUAAGCGUCAGUAAUCAUGAUGCCAGCCGUUUUGUAUAAAAAGUGCCAUUAUCUGACUGUGGAUAAACGCUCAAAUUGCGGCUCUGUUAUUACGUCUCAUUUACACUAACCCACUUAAAAAAAAGUAUGUGACCAACCGACACCCCACCCCCCUUCUACCCCCCACCACCGACACACGGGCGCGCGCACGCAAAAAAGCAGAGCCGUCUGCUUGAUGUAUACGUGAUAUCAUUUAUUCACUUGCAGCUAAUAUUUUACCUAAUACAAUAAAAUGGCGAAUGUUAUAAUUAUCUCAAUCUGCAUGUUGCAUAUCUGUUUUAACAUAGUACAGGCAAUGUAACUCGCAAUCGGCAUGCUAUAGCCUGUCUUCGCGUGAGGCAAAGAAGUUAAAAAAGCAUAUAACCUCCUGCAGUCCGAAACAAUCCGUUUAGAAAGGGCGUCUAAGCAGAUCGACAGGUUUUAAUGCGAACAUUUUUUAACGCUUGCCCUGUACGUGGAUUGAUUUUUUUUCAGCAAUCCCUCAGCAGAUGGAUUUUUGCCAUUGCAGCUCAGCAGAGGGUGUCAGAUCUUCCAGAGAGCACCAGGCUGGAACGAACAGAGCCUCUUAGCAACCCUCUUUGUAAUUCAAAAACACAAAAAAGAGAGCAAGGGAAACACAGAAAGAAACGGAAAGAUGCAAGGAUUGCGGAAUUUUGCAACGCAUUUUGAUCAGCACUAAAUCUUUAGGCUGGGGCGUGAUUUCAGCACCAAGGGAGAAAGAACAGCACCUACCGAAAGCACUGCACAGCAAGAAAAAAAAACCAUGGUUUGAAAUUUUUGCAAGGUCAGUCAUUAACCAGCCGAACAAAAUGUGCUUGAAGACGUUGUGUUUUUUUUCUUUUUGCUUUGUUUGCUUGCUUUAUCUUCUGCUGUGCGUGGUUGUAAUGUAAAAAAAAAAAAGAAAAACAAAGAGAUGCGCUUAGUGUGAUGUCUUUCGUGGACCCUGAAAAGUAACAGUAUACUACGUGUGUGGAAAUAGAUAUAAAUGGAUAUGCUCAUAAAUGUGUAUCUUUACGAACUAGCAUCUCGCCUCUUUGUGGUGGGUGAACUUUAAACAUCACGGAUCCGACUAUUCAUUUGUAAAUUUCCUUCAUGUCUUGAAUUCGGGAAUGAAUUGUUCUUUUUGAAAAUGCUGCUUUGGAUUUUGUUGCUGAAGGCGGCUCUUUGUGUUGCUACUGGAAAUGUUACAAGGGACGUUUGUAAAGAGCAGAUCUGUUCCUGCAAUGAGAUAGAAGGCGAUUUGCACAUUGACUGCGAAAAAAGGAGCUUUUCUAAUCUGCACCAUUUAACCGCCCCGAGUUCUCAGUUUUAUCAUUUACUGUUGCAUGGAAAUUCACUGACUAGGCUGUUCCCAAAUGAGUUUGCUAACUUUUACAACGCCGUGAGUCUGCAUUUGGAAAACAAUGGUUUGCACGAAAUUGUUCCUGGGGCUUUCUUGGGAUUACAGUUAGUGAAGCGACUUCAUAUCAAUAAUAAUAAAAUCCGAGCUUUCAAAAAGAACACGUUUCUAGGCUUGGACGAUCUGGAGUACCUGCAAGCCGAUUUUAAUCUUUUAAGGGAUAUUGACCCAGGAGUGUUCAGGGACUUAAAUAAACUAGAAGUUCUCAUAUUAAAUGACAACCUAAUCAGCGCACUUCCUACUAAUGUUUUUCAGCACGUACCGAUAACGCACCUCGAUCUCAGAGGAAACCGAAUUAAAACACUGCCUUACGAAGGGGUCCUUGAACAGAUACCAGGCAUUGCCGAAAUCCUGCUGGAAGAUAACCCAUGGGACUGCAGUUGCGAUCUGGUCUCUCUGAAGGAAUGGCUGGAGAACAUCCCGAAAAACGCUCUGAUCGGAAGAGUGAUCUGCGAGGCCCCUACUCGUCUGCAAGGCAACGACUUAAACGAGACGUCGGAGCAUGAUUUGUGCCCGUCAAAAAAUGGAAUUGACCCUAGUUUAGAGGUGCCUCCUACCCAGGAAGAGACCUGUGACCCUGGACCGAUUCCAACCCCCUUCAGAAUAAGCGGAGAAGCGGAGCCAUCGACUUAUGGUCCCUCACACAAGGAUCGUGUGAAAUCACGGGAAAACUGGAGGCUGAAAACAAGACCAACAUCCCGUGUCGUAACCAUCAAUGGGAAAGGCGACCCCCCUUAUAAUGACUUGUGCCCACUUCCCUGCACUUGUGAGCUGCAAGAGUCUAAUCCGAGGUUAAAAGUUAAUUGCAAGGGAAAAGAGCUCGAAAGUUUAGCUGAUCUGAAACCAAAACCUAGCAACGUACAAGAAUUGAAUCUGCGGGAUAACAGCGUACACACUGUUCGGAAAGCCCAUUUCAUAGGCUAUCAAAAUCUAAACCUCCUUGAUUUGGGGAAUAACGUCAUCAAAGAAAUAGAAAACGGAACUUUCCAAAACCUCACUGAACUGCGCUGGUUGUAUAUUGAUAAAAACUUUCUGGACAGCCUUAUGCCGGAAAUAUUUGCAGGGCUGCAAAACCUAGAAUAUCUGAACUUGGAAUUUAACUCUAUACAGCUCAUACUGCCAGGAACAUUCAACCCAAUGCCAAAUCUACGGGUUCUCAUCCUAAAUAACAACCUAUUGAAGUCUCUGCCAGUGGACGUUUUUAUUGGUGUGUCGCUGUCUAAAAUUAGUCUGCAUAAUAAUUAUUUCGCAUUUCUUCCUGUAAGUGGGGUUUUAGACCAGCUUGUGUCUAUUAUACAGAUUGAUCUGCAUGAGAAUCCAUGGGAUUGCACCUGCAAUAUUGUGCCUUUCAAGCAGUGGACUGAAAGGCUCGGACCUGAGGUCAUUGUAAGCGAUUUAAAGUGUGAAUCACCAGAAGAAUUCUGGACCAAGGACUUUAGGUCGCUGAGAAACGAUGUUAUGUGUCCUCACCUGUAUGACAAAAUCUUCCCUACGACUCUGUCCAAAAACAGCACAGCUAUUGUGGAUACGGGGACUCGCUCCAAUUCCUAUCUGGAAACCAGUCGAGUGUCGAUCUCGGUGCUGGUUCCUGGUCUUCUCCUCGUUUUUGUAACUUCUGCAUUCACGGUUGUAGGGAUGCUUGUCUUUAUACUGAGGAAUCGCAAGAGAUCAAAGCGAAGAGAUGCCAACUCGUCUGCUUCGGAGAUCAAUUCUUUACAGACAGUAUGCGACUCCUCUUACUGGCACAGCGGGCCUUAUCAUGCAGAUGGAUCCCACAGAGUUUAUGAAUGUGGCACCCACUCACUUUCUGAUUAGAGAUUACAGCCUUGUUUUUUUUCUCUUUUUUUCUCUUUUUCCUUUGGGGAUACCACGCCAAAAGGAUCAAACAAAAUAGAUUCCUAGUGCAAAUGAAGAAGAGGAUGGUUCAAAGAAUAUGAAUGGGGGGAAAAAAAAAAGAAAUGCAGACAGCUUAGCAGAGUUGGGGCUUUUUGUUUUUGCACCAUUCACCUGCAUUGCCGAGGCAAAAUUAUCUGACGUAAACAUGUGUAAAAUAUGUAAAGCUGCAUUCUCAUUCAGAUAAUAUUUGCUGCAGAUAUGCGAGAAAGACCGUAACAGGAUGAGUCUGACGGAAAAGCUGCACGAACGCAUGAAUGUAAUGUAAAUAAAUGACUAAUUAUAUCAAACGCUGCAUGACUCGCAUGAUGUGAACACUCCACUGGGACCCAUAUCAUAGGUAUACAAGACAUGAAGCCCUUCGUUAAAGUUUAUAUAUAUAAAUAUAUAUAUAAAUCUAUAUAAAUAUAUUCAAAGUGCCAUUUCUCUAUUUUUUGUGGAAAACGCAGUACAGAAUUUGUAUCUUUGUUGUUUUAAAAUGUACAAAAGACAGUAUGUGCAUGUUUUCCUCUUUUUUUUUUCUUUUUUUUAUAAUUUGAUUGUUAAUGAGUUGCAGGAUCAAUUAUGCUUCGGCAGGAUUUUACAUACCUGAUGAAGCAUCUCCAUCUGAAUGUAAAAUUUGUAAUCCUUAUAGUGUGCCAAUUGUAAACAUUCAGAAUACAGAUGCAGUUAAGCAUGACCAAUUAACGUCACUCUUAGUGCUUAUGCUGCAAACGUAAACUGUAAAAUUGUCUGUGUUGUUGUGUUAAUAAUUACAAAACAACAAAAAGUACAAUUUGGUAAGAAAGUAAGACUUACCAAAAUAUUCAAGGGUUUUAUAAUGGCAUAUUUUUUCAAAAUUAAAAUGUUUUCAACUAA